AGCUUGCUAGAACUGGUAAGGCAACUACUAGCACCGAUGUCUUUGCUUUCGGAGCGUUUAUGCUCGAAGUGGCUUGUGGACAAAGGCCUCUAAAGGUACAUGGAGCCGUUGAUGAUAUGAUUCUGGUUCAGUGGGUUCUGGAGAAAUGGAAAGAAGGAGCAAUACUUGAGGCAAGUGAUCCCAGACUAGGAGGUGAUUUUGUGGUGAAACAAAUGGAGUUGGUUUUGAAGCUGGGUCUUUUUUGCUCACGCAAUAAUCCAGUGUCCAGGCCUAGCAUGAGGCAAGUGAUGCAAUAUUUGGAUGGAGAUGCCAUCUUGCCGGAAGUAUUUAUGGAUGCCGCAGGUGUUGGCAUGGCUGCAUUAGUGGGGAGUGAAAUGUCAAGCGAGUUUGCAAUGUCAUUCCCUUCAUCAUCAUUGGGGAGUGUUUCUGCUAAUGCCCUGUCCGGUACAGAGUCACUCCUUGGUGGCGUGGGACGUUAG